AUGGCAGCCGCAAGUACUGGUACUGGGCAACCAACUAGUAUUGCAACUAAACUUUUCUCAACCCAAGAAAAUGUCAGCCUAAUCGGUAUACCACAGCUAGGAUUUGGAGUCUACCAAUGCAAAGGACAAAAAUGUAUCGACGCUGUCACCGCCGCAUUGAGAGCUGGUUACAGGCACAUUGAUACUGCUCAAUACUAUGACAACGAAAAGGAAGUUGGUAUCGCCGUCGCAGACUUUAUGAAAAAAACCGGCAUAGAACGCAAGGAGAUAUUCAUCACAACCAAGAUCCUCACACCUGGUGGAUCAGUUGAAAAAUCUUUUGAGAAAUGUCUGAAGAGUAUUGAAGCUCUUGACGCUGAGAACUGUUACGUUGAUUUGUUCCUGAUCCACAGCCCAAACUGUGGAGCUGAAGGCCGUUUGGAGAUGUGGGAUGCCCUCCACAAGCUCUACAGUCUUGGAAAAUCCCACAUGAUUGGAGUUUCGAACUUUGGCAUUGGACAUAUCGAGGAGUUGGAACUUGCCAGGCCUUUUAUUUCUCCUCACGUGAAUCAGAUAGAGUUGCACCCUUUUUGCCAACAGCGAGUUAUAGUUCAAUACUGUAAGAUCAACGGCAUUCAUGUUGAAGCUUACUGUCCAGUGGUCAGAAAUCAGAGGAGCAAUGAUCCGGUUCUUCAAUCGAUCGCAGCCACUCACAAUAAAACCGUUGCUCAGGUAUUGAUACGAUAUGCUUUGCAAAAAAAAUGGAUCCCUCUUCCAAAGAGUGAAACUCCAUCGAGAAUCGCCGAAAACGCCGAUGUUUUCGACUUUAACAUCUCUGAAUCGGAUAUGCGUCGUUUGGAUGCACUGGAUGAAGGCAGCGAAGGCUCCAUUGUUCAAGCUGUCACAAACAGAUGA